UAUCUCUGUCCCCAGUCCCAUGACGAUGGCUCUUUCUUGCCUCUGCCACCAGCAACAUGAAGCUGCACUGCAAGAGGGAGAAGCCACUCCAGCCCGUGGCAUGGUCACAGUACCCCCAGCCCAAGCUGCUGGAGCACAGGCCCACACAGCUGCUGACACUCACACCCUGGUUAGCGCCCAUCGUCUCCGAGGGAACCUUCAACCCAGAGCUUCUGCAGCACAUCUACCACCCACUGAACCUGACCAUUGGGGUCACGGCGUUUGCCGUGGGGAAGUACACUCACUUCAUCCAGUCCUUCCUGGAGUCAGCCGAGGAAUUCUUCAUGCGUGGGUACCGGGUGCACUACUACAUCUUCACUGACAACCCUGCAGCCGUUCCCGGGGUCCCACUGGGUCCCCACCGGCUCCUCAGCACCAUCCCCAUCCAGGGUCACUCCAACUGGGAAGAGAUAUCCAUGCGCCGGAUGGAGACCAUCAGCCAGCACAUUGCUAAGAGGGCUCACCAGGAGGUGGACUACCUCUUCUGCCUUGAUGUGGACAUGGUGUUUCGGAACCCGUGGGGCCCUGAGACCUUGGGAGACCUGGUGGCUGCCAUUCACCCAAGCUACUACACCAUACCCCGCCAGCAGUUUCCCUACGAGCGCAGGCGUGUUUCCACUGCCUUUGUGGCAGACAGCGAAGGGGACUUCUAUUAUGGUGGGAAAGUCUUCGGGGGGCAGGUGGCCAGGGUAUAUGAGUUUACCAGGGGCUGCCACAUGGCCAUCCUGGCAGACAAGGCCAAUGGCAUCAUGGCAGCCUGGCGGGAGGAAAGUCACCUGAAUCGUCGCUUCAUCUCAAACAAGCCGUCCAAGGUGCUGUCCCCCGAGUACCUCUGGGAUGACAGGAAGCCCCAGCCGCCCAGCCUGAAGCUGAUCCGCUUUUCUACACUGGACAACGAUAUCAGCUCCUGAGGGGCUGACCAUGGAGCUGGGGCUGACCAUGGAGCUGGGGCUGCCAUGGAUGGGGAUCCAAAGCCCUGCAGCCACCAGCACUUCACUAGUGUGCAGACCAGCCCUGUCCCACCUCCCUCUGUCAGUCAGGCAAAUUCAACUGGAAAAGGGACGUGGAAAGGCCACUGUGAACUGCAGAGGGCUGUGCACACAGUAGCACACAAGAUCUCACAGUAAUGUGGCACAGGAACGGUGAGACGGGGGAGGGGAGGCGCAGUUACAAAGGCAGGGCCCGGCAGGCUUGCCGCGUUCUGCAGCCGUGCCUUUGUGGGGCAGGCUCCGAAGCCUCAGCCCGACUCAGAGUGCCUGAACCCUGCAGCGCCAGCCUCCCGUUUAUUGCAUAUUGCCCUUAACAUAGCAUUUCUAAUACCCUAGUGUGAGGGCACCCUAGACCCCUUUUCUCUGGUCACAGGGGUCCUGGAUCCCUUGAUGUCUCCCAAUCACAUGUAGCCAAUUCCUCACUCAGGCCCCCAGAGCGAGCCUUUGAAAUGGAGCAGGUCUAGGCUCCCUCUGGUUUCCUGCGCCCCAAAGUGAACCGCACUCUCAGGGGACUAGCCACCUCCUUCUUAAGAGGGUUUGGGGCAGUUUAUAAUAAAGGUGGUGUGUGCUC